AUGAACUCCCGUUUACGAGCCUUAGGUGGGAGGAUAAAUAACAUACGAGCAUCAGAACUACCAAAAGAGAAAACCCGAUCAGAGAUAAUCUGUAACGUCCACUUUUUGGAUGGCUCAGUACAAAGCUUCAAAGUCAACAAACAAGACACUGGACAGAUUUUGUUGGAUAUGACCUAUAACCAGUUGGGUGUGACGGAGAAGGAAUAUUUUGGUUUACAGCAAAAUGAAACUUCAGUAGAUUCACCUCGAUGGCUUGAACCAAACAAACCUAUUAGAAAACAGUUGAAAGGAGGUUUUCCCUGCACCCUUCGUUUCCGUGUAAGGUUUUUUAUACCUGAUCCUAACACACUUCAGCAAGAACAAACCAGGCACUUAUUCUUCCUGCAAUUGAAGACUGAUAUUGUGGAAGGAAGGUUGUCAUGCCCCAUUAAUUCUGCUGUUGUCCUGGCAUCAUAUGCAGUACAAUCACAACUUGGAGACUAUAAUGCUUCAGUACAUCAUUCAGGAUAUCUGUCAAAUUACAACUUUAUACCAGAGCAGAACAAAGAUUUUCUUACCAAAGUAGAAUCGCUACAUGAGCAACACAGUGGCCUCAAGCAAUCUGAAGCGGAGUCCUGCUACAUAAAUAUUGCACGAACACUUGAAUUCUAUGGAGUGGAAUUGCACAGUGGUAGAGAUCUCCAUAAUCUAGAUCUCAUGAUUGGGAUUGCAUCUGGUGGAAUUGCUGUAUAUAGAAAACUCAUUUGCACAAGCUUCUAUCCCUGGGUGAACAUAUUAAAAAUUUCCUUUAAAAGGAAAAAGUUUUUUAUACAACAACGGCAAAAACAUAAUGAAUCCAGAGAGCAUAUUGUUGCCUUCAACAUGUUGAAUUACAGAGCAUGCAAAAAUCUAUGGAAAUCUUGUGUAGAGCAUCACACAUUUUUUCAGGCAAAGAAGUCACUACCUCAUGAAAAAAAGAUAUUGUCACAUUAUUGGACCCUGGGUUCUAGAAAUCCAGCAAAGUCUGUAAACAGCCAGUACUGCAAAAAAGUUAUAGGUGGAAUGGUUUGGAACCCGUCUAUGAGACGAUCUUUAUCUGUUGAGCAUCUAGAGACCAAAAGCCUUCCUUCUCGAUCACCUCCUGUUACCCCUAAUUGGCGGAGUCCUAGACUACGUCAUGAAAUUCGUAAACCCCGACACUCAUCUGUAGAUAACCUUACAAAUGAGAUUAGUUACAUUACUGAAACGGAGGAUGUUUUUUACACCUAUAAGGGCUCUCCAACGUCGAAGGACAGUGAUUCGGAGUUCUCUCAGAACCGUAGUCCACAGAGGAGGAAUGUAUUGGGAAACAGUCCAACGCGGAGUUCUCUGACCCGUAUCUCACCUAAAGCCUUGGCUCAGUCUCCCAAUGGAGUUGGCAACAUUUCUGGCUCUUACCCGUUGGAAGGGGUGGAUAAACAGUUCUUAGAAACGUAUGACAACGUUACAAAAAGUAGCUCAACGGAAGAUUCCAGUCAGUACUACUGUGAUAAGAAUGACCUAAUUGAGGGAGAUCUACUUUUGGUGCGUAUCAUACCAGAUGAAGAUGGGAAGUUUGGAUUUAAUCUAAAGGGUGGUGUAGAUCAAAAAAUGCCAUUAGUGGUAUCAAGAAUAACUCCAGGAUCACCUGCUGAUAAAUGCAUUCCAAAACUGAAUGAAGGUGAUCAGAUAGUAUUAAUUAAUGGCCGAGAUAUCUCAGAGCACACGCAUGACCAGGUGGUCAUGUUCAUAAAAGCCAGCAGAGAAUCUCACACGAGAGAGCUUGCACUUUUGGUCAGGCGGAAAGUAGUUAAACAGUUUGUGGAGCCUAAAUCAGAAGACGAAGCUGACUCCCACAAUCUCCCAGAAUCUCUUCUUCCAAUCUGUUCCGAAUAUGGUGGUGAUACGCUGGAGGAGUCUAUGGAGCAGCUAGGAAGAGGGCUGGAAAGUGGGACUGUCCUUAUUCAGUUUGAGCAACUUUAUAGAAAGAAACCAGGGUUGGCUGUUACAUGUGCAAAAGUACCUCAGAAUAUGGAUAAGAAUAGAUAUAAAGAUGUUCUACCUUAUGAUGCCACAAGGAUAAUAUUGCAAGGGAAUGAAGAUUACAUUAAUGCAAAUUACGUGAAUAUGGAAAUUCCUUCUGUGGGCAUUGUGAACAGGUACAUUGCUACUCAGGGGCCUCUUCCACACACAUGUGCACACUUCUGGCAAGUAGUCUGGGAUCACAAGUUGUCACUGAUCAUCAUGUUAACAACUCUCACUGAAAGAGGACGGACCAAAUGUCAUCAGUAUUGGCCUGAUCCACCAGAUGUAAUGGAAUAUGGCAGCUUUCGUGUCAGAUGCCAGUCUGAAGAUUGUACGAUUGCCUAUGUUGUUAGAGAAAUGGUGAUUACGAAUGUUGAGACAGAACAACAACACACCGUCACCCAUCUCCAGUACGUUGCUUGGCCUGAUCAUGGCGUUCCUGAUGACUCCAUGGACUUCUUGGAGUUUGUGACCUGUAUGAGGCCAAAGAGAGUAGAGAAUGAGCCGGUCCUUGUUCACUGCAGUGCUGGAAUCGGUCGCACUGGUGUAUUGGUCACUAUGGAAACAGCCAUGUGCUUAAUUGAAAGAAACCAACCUGUUUAUCCACUGGAUAUUGUACGAAAAAUGCGAGACCAGCGAGCUAUGAUGGUGCAAACAUCAAGUCAAUACAAAUUUGUUUGUGAAGCUAUUCUUCGUGUUUACAAAGAAGGAUUGGUUCGACCACUGGAUUCCAGUUAGCACAGCAGUGAAGGAUGAAUUCUUUUUUCCCCCUAAAAAGACUGCUCUUUAACUAAAGCAAGGGCUUGUUUCUGAAGGCAACUAUAACGGACUAGAAGCCCAUGAAAAGACAGAUGAGCACAUUUGAACUGUGGCACUUUAAAUUUCUCAAGAAGAUUGCUAAAUCAUGUACAGUAUAACAAAGUCAUGUAGAUAAAUAUGAGAGCAAUUGUGUGUAAUAUGCUUUAUUCACAUAGACAACCAUAAACAAUCAUGGAAACCUUAAUACAUGUCUUUUACUGCCUUAAAACACCCUUCACUUUGGAAGUUACAAAGGUCCUUGUGUUUCCUUUGAAAUAGCAGAAAGAAAACUCAUAGUAUUGAAAUGAUUCAGCUUGAGAAGGUAUUUAGUAUCUUUGUAUUGUAUAAAAGCUCAUUGAAGGUGAAUAGUUGUAAGUUUCUUAUUGGGACACUAAAUAUUCAUGGAAAUGUAACCUUGACUUCUAAAAGGCUGACAAAGAGCUUUAAAGGCUAAUAAUGCAUAACUACUGUACAUUAAGAGCUGGAAAAUUAAGUAUUCAGAUACCAUAAAUCUAUUAGUAAGUAUGCCAGCUGUUGUAAUACGCUUCCUAGAAAUCGCAUCUACUGUAUGUGAUGUG